UUGAUAUACCUUCAACAUCUAUAUCUACUCUCUCCCUCCCUCGAGCCAUCUUCCCCUCCCGCUCUCUCCUCCUUCGUCGGGGAGAAGCCCAGACUAAUUCCAUAGACGGAGCUCUCGCUGUUGCAGUCGCCUAGAUCCGACGGCUCGCACCCUCUCUCGCCCCCGAGACCGCGCCCCUCCCGCCGUCCACAACGGCCGCCGCCGGUGUGAGUCCUGUCCUCCGUCCCCCGACUUCACGGUGACUCCUGCUCGACUUCAUUCCCGCCACAUCUCGCCGUCGGUGCUCACCUUCCGCACGCAGUGGGAAGCGUGCACGUGCCCACCCGUUCCAUUUGCGCCUCUUGUUGUACGUGAGAGGCCAGUUCACCUCCUCUGUGAGAUCCAAUGGCAGAGAUUCAGCCGGAGACAGACCUUGGUCAGGAAAAUCUGCACCCUUACACCCCUCUGCUGGCGGAUCACCGCCCGACUGUUAACUCCUCUCGCCGGAGACCAGUCCAGGUCCUCGCCUCAGUGCUGCUCGCAGUCGUCGGCCUCUUCGCUCUUCUCGUUUUCUGCGGGAUCCAAUCGUCAAGGCAGCCAGUUCCGACUGUGGAGAAGAAGGAUGAUCACCAUGAGCCACUGGCAUUCCGGCCGGUGUCUAGAGGGAAACCGGAGGGAGUCUCGGAGAAGGCCUCGCUCGUACGGCCGUCUCCGUCUUUUACCUGGACGAAUGCCAUGCUCGCCUGGCAACGUACCAGCUACCAUUUCCAACCUGAGAAGAACUGGAUGAAUGAUCCCGACGGGCCAAUGUUUUAUAUGGGCUGGUACCAUCUGUUCUAUCAGUACAACCCUGAUUCUGCUGUAUGGGGAAACAUCACAUGGGGUCAUACCGUGUCCAAGGACUUGAUCCACUGGCUGUACCUGGACCUAGCCAUGGUUCCCGACCACUGGUAUGACAUCAGUGGAGUUUGGACUGGGUCCGCAACCUUAUUGCCAGACGGUCGCGUAGUGAUGAUCUACACCGGCUCGACGAACGAAUCGGUUCAAGUCCAAAACGUCGCCGUGCCGGCGAAUUUAUCGGACCCACUCCUCCGCGACUGGGUCAAGUACGAGGGCAACCCAGUGCUGCUGCCCCCUAGAGGGAUCCUCUACAAGGAUUUUCGCGACCCGACCACUGCCUGGCUCGGUAAGGAUGGCGAGACCUGGUACUUGACCAUCGGGUCGAAGGUCAAUACGACCGGCAUUGCUCUGGUCUACAACACCACAGAUUUCUACAAUUACGAGCUAAUGGAAGGGGUGCUGCAUGCGGUGCCGGAGACGGGCAUGUGGGAGUGCAUCGACUUCUACCCAGUCUCGACCACGAGCACGGCGGGGCUCGAUACGUCGACCAACGAGACGGAUGUGAAGUACGUGCUGAAGGCUAGCCUGGACGACCUGAAGAAGGACUUCUAUGCGCUGGGGUCCUACGACGAGGGGAACCAGACUUGGACGCCGGACGACCCAGAGAUCGACGUGGGGAUCGGGAUUCGUUACGAUUACGGCAAGUUCUAUGCCUCGAAGACGUUCUAUGAUCAAUACAAGGGCAGAAGGAUACUGUGGGGCUGGAUCGACGAGACGGACAGCGAGAAAACCGAUCUGGAGAAGGGGUGGGCUUCGGUACAGGCUAUACCUAGAGUUGUGUACCUCGACCUAAAGACAAACAGCAAUUUGAUACAAUGGCCGGUGGAAGAGGUGAAGAGCCUUAGAAGAACAGAGUUCAUUUUUGAGAACAUCACUGUUGCGGCAGGAUCUGUCCUACCAUUGAACAUCACUCCUGCUAGCCAGUUGGACAUCAACAUUGAGAUGGAAUUUCCUUAUUCAGAGAACACUACAGAGGCGGAUGUAACCUACAACUGCACCACGAGCGGUGGCGCUGCCGAUCGUGGCGUUCUUGGUCCAUUUGGGCUGCUACUCUUUGCAGAUGAUAACCUAGAUGAGCAAACUGCUGUUUUCUUCUAUGUCGCGAAAUCUUCCACCGGUGACUUCAGGACUUACUUCUGCCACGAUGACUCCAGGUCGUCAAAAGCAACGGAUCUUGUUGGGUAUACGUAUGGAAAUACUGUUCCUGUACUCUCUGGAGAGAAAUUAUCGAUUCGGAUACUGGUUGAUCACUCAAUAAUUGAAACCUUUGCCCAAGGUGGUAGAAUGUGCAUAACAUCUAGAGUGUACCCAACAGAGGCCAUCUAUGGGGCAGCUCGUGUCUUCCUCUUCAACAAUGCAUCUGUUCCUAUCACCACUACCAGUCUCAACGUUUGGCAGAUGGACUCGGCACAUAUUCAUCCAUUUUUUUCAUAGUGCAGCAAUAGUACCGUCUCUAUUUCUUCAUUCUUUUUCUUCGGAGGACUUCUCUGGCCAUAAAACCAUGUCAGGAUCGUCAAUGGUAGUACGUUGUGUCACCUGAGGCUCCAUAAUGGUCGACCAUUUUGGGAAGAGGAAGCCCUUAUGGGCACAGAAAUAAGGCAUACUAUUAUAUGUUCCUAAAUUUUGGUUUGAAUUGCGUGUACCAUUUCUGUAUCUUUUCUCUGCAUAAAAGUUUCAUUCGGCCUGUGAAACAGCUACAGUUUUUCGGUCAUCUCUGACUUGCUAAACUAAGAGAUACACGUUUUGUACUC